AUGAGGAAACUUGCCAUAACUUUGCAGUUUUACUCAAAUAAAGCAUAUAAUUUUGUUAGAAAGAGUUUCAAAAAUGUACUUCCACAUCCCAAAACCAUAAGUAAAUGGUAUAAAGUUGUGAAUGGAGACCCAGGUUUUACUCAAGAAGCAUUCCAAUGCAUACAUGAGAAAGCCAAGAAUGAAACUGUUAUUUGCAACAUCGUUUUAGAUGAGAUGAGCAUAAGAGAAAAAAUUGAAUGGGAUGGAACAAAAAUGCAUGGCUUUGUUGAUAUGGGUACUAAUAUUGAUACAGUGAAUGACAACUCGGUUCAUGCCAAAAAUGCACUCGUUUUUAUGGCUGUAGGAGUUAAUGGACAUUGGAAAAUGCCAAUAGGCUAUUUUCUUGUAGCGGGCCUAAAUGGAAAUGAAAGAAGUAAUUUAUUAAAACAGUGUUUAGUUCUCAUGGGUGAUACGGGUGCCAAAGUGCAUUCAAUCACUUUUGAUGGAGCUUACAGUAAUGGUAAGAUGUGUUCAAAUUUGGGUGCUUCAUUUGAUAUAAAUGACGAAUUAAGUUUUAGCUUUAAAAAUCCCUAUAAUAACGAGCCCGUAUAUGUUUUUUAUGAUGCUUGCCAUAUGAUAAAGUUAAUUAGAAACCUUUUAGGAGAUUUGGGGUAUCUAUUUAAUCAAGAAGGAAAAAAAAUAAGUUGGAACCAUAUUAAAAUGUUGUACUUCAAAGAAAAGAAUGAAGGAUUAAAAGCAGCAACAAAAUUGACCAAUAAACACAUAUACUAUUAUAAUGAGAAAAUGAAUGUCAAGUUAGCAACACAAGUGUUGAGUAAUAGUGUUGGAAAUGGUCUAAAAUUUUGCAAGUCUUUAGGAUGUGAUGAUUUUAAAGAUAUUGAUGCUACAGCAGAGUUUUGUUUCCUAAUGAAUGAUGCAUUUGAUAUACUCAAUUGUAGAAGUAAAUAUUCUAAAAAUCCUUACUGCCUGGCGCUUGAUGAAAAACAAUUUGAAAAGUAUGAAAAUUUUAGCAAGAACUUUUAUAAUUAUGUAUUAGGCUUAAGGUUGCCCAACGGUAAAACUGUGGUAGAAUGUGGUAGAAAAACUGGCUUUGUUGGGCUUAUAAAAGCAUUACAAAAUGUAUUAAAGUUAUAUACUUAA